GUGUUGCGAUGUAUUAAGGACACGAAUAAAGCGUGAGUACUCACAAGGAAAUGCAAUGACAAUAUUGUUGUCCGUGACACCUGGUUCUCGAGUCUUUCCGAGUCGAAUGCUGUUGUAGUGCUCCAAUCAGAUUGUCAGCCUCAGGAGGACCUAAACAUCCACAGCGCAUUGACAAUGCACUGCGCGUGUUUGCAUCGCGGACUCGCAACAAGAACGAAUAGCUCAAGCGUGCAUGCAAAGCUGAAUGCAUCGGUCCAAAGGACCAUCGUCCCAUUUAGUGAAUGACGGUGGUCCACAGAAAUUGUUUCCUCAAAGGAAGGCCCCUGCAGUGGAAACACGUCUCGAGGGGUAUGCCUUCAAAGCGGCGCUGGACGAGCAUAUAAAUAUUGGUUCGGUGGCCUUCAUCCUCUAUCCCUCACCCACUGCACCUACUGCCACUGCGACCUCGUACACACACUCUAACAUUUUAAUCAACCAUUUGUUGACCCCGAUGAGAAAAUUCAUUCCCCACGUCUCCUCAUCGCAUGGUUCCGAUUCUUCCAAUGCAACCCAAUACACGCCAAACACUUGUAAGUAUAUGGGUCGAUUUCGCUGGCCCCAGCCCUCACGCAUUCCUUUUCCAGGCUCCUACUACCCGUAUGGUGUGUCAGCUAACGGGAUGCAUAGUGCCCCUCCCGCAUACGCGCCCGUUGCACUUUCGCCUGGUGUGGGUGCUGGAUUCGUGGAUCACGCGUUCCAAACGGGACAAAAUGGUUAUUUCCCCCCUCCAGGAGCCGAUGUCUCGUGUGCCACUUAUGGUGGUCCAUACUCACUGCCAACUGCGGCUGCUCAUCCCCCACAAGACCCAUCCGCGACCCCUCUGUACCAUCAACCUAUUUCUUUUCCAGGAGCCGCAAACCCUUACGCUGCACUCGUACCGCACCAAGGAUACCUCCACCAGAAUCACGGGUCUGUGCUCGCAACGGGCUCUGCAUUUUCGUCUCUCCCUCAAGCACCACGUAUCAAUCAGAAGCACGUCGUGGAACACCUCCAUUACCACGACGUCAAGCAAGCCAAAAUAGCUCCCGGCGGAAUGAAGAACGACCCGUUAUUUACACCAGUGUUAGAUCGACUUGGUCAACCAAACGGGACAUUCGUGUGUUCUAGGGACGGCAUGGUGCUCAAUCCUGGAAGCUAUCUGAAGCACCUCAAGACAAAAAAGCACCUAGGCUUCAAACUUGAGAAAUUCAAGUGCUCUGGUUGUCCCAAAACGUAUACGAGACGCGAUGCGUACAAGAGGCACUUGAUCAAUAGCAAGUGUGGACAAUCGACAGCUGUGGACGCUCUGCUGCCAUACUCAGCUAGUCAGAACUCCACGAGUUCUGCUUCUGCUGCACCUGCAAUGGCACCUACCACUGCGCUCACUCAUUCUCACCUGUAUAGCUCCAUGUUCGCCGAAGACGACAAUAACGACGACACUGAUUUUUAGGAGGCUAAUGAGAUAAAGGACGGCCAUGAGAUGUAGCCAUAUUUCAAUUCUGCUACUGACUAUUUUCUUUCUUGUAUUAUCUGCUGUUGUUCAUUCACUUGUCUUUCUACCUACUACA